AUGGAAUCUAACAACCCAGGCUCCAGCUCCAAGCACGAACCUGGGGACUGUCAAUUGACAAGCACUCAACUGGAAGCGCUCUCGCUGUUUCGAAGGCUUGUCAAUUUGAUUACUUCGGACACGAAGACUGAUAUCCAAAAUCUGCAAGAGUUCCGUGUCAUAAUUCGACAACUAUGCGAGGCAGCUCCUGAAACCGCGCAAGCAGUGGCAACGGCAAUUCAGGAGGCGAGGAGCAGUAUUAACAGCUCUCUUCAGCAAGAACAAGACGCAGUACAAAGGAAUACCCACCACGCCGCGAAACGCGGGGCUCGCAAGCCCGUGUCGCGCAAGGACCUGUCCUACAGACCACCCAGGUCGGCCAAGGCCACAAAGAAAGAACCUAGUUCUACGGGCGAUUCUAGCCUGCCGGAAAACAGUGCGAUCCGAGCUAACGUGUCGGUCGGGAAUUCUACCGCCCAUGGUGCCCAAUCAUCGGUUCUCGAUGCAAAUGACCUCGUCUUGCAAGAUCAGAACGCGGGAGUCGACCCAGAGACAUCGACUGAGAGUGUCAAUGCAGCUCAACUUAAGACAUUGUCGCACCCGGAUCAGCAACAACGGAUCACCCAGGAUUGCUCUGUUCCAGACGAAGUGGAUACUGCGGACCGCCGAGGAACGGUAACUGAACCAAGUAAGGAUAUGAAGGAGAGUAUUGAGACGUCAGAAGCCACGUCAUGCAACAGAGUUGAGAACGCGCAAUCUGGUGUCUUACCCCGACCGUCGACACCUCCGACAAAGGCCAACCCAGCGGUAGUGACCCCACCGAAGCCAACAGAGGGUGCGCCGACCCCCCCCCCAACGGAAGAGAUUGUUAGAGAGACAAUACCGACAUCACUCAAAAGUAUUUCAUCAUCUCCUGGGUCGAUAUUAGGAUCGUCCUCGCCGGAGGCAAUCUCCUGGAUAGACUUGGUCAUCGAGGCGGUGCGGGUCCUUCACCAGUUCAGCAAGCACCCGGAAGCAGUUCCUCCAGGGGUCCAUUCACGAAUCCUGCAAACACACCAGAACGACAACCAGCAGACAAUCGACGCAUUUAACUUCGACCAAUGGACUGAUGGAUCGAUGUGGGUGCGCAUACUCGAGAUAGGGUCCACACAAAACCAGAAGGUCACGAUACUCAAUAUGAUCGAGUACAUUGGGGCCUGGGAAUGGUACGACAGACAGGUCGAGUUUGCGAUGACCACGAUUCGAACGAAGAAGAAAAAGCUUGUGGACCGCAAAGGCGCAGCUACGCAUGUGCUAAACACGAUGCAGAGCAUGCGACGGGAAACUGUACCACGAGGGAGAUGGGUCGGUGGAGUCGGCAGGGUGGCUGUAGAGCAAGAGUCGGACGCGGCCGAUCUUUACUCUGAUGGCGACACUGAUAUCACCGAAGCUCAUCGGCGAAGUCAUAGGAAGCGGAUAAGCGUGCAACUCAGCCGAGGUCAAAAAUUGACGAAACUCGUCAAAGCGCUCAGUCUUGGAAUCCUUUUCAGCCCAAAGAUCUGGCAAGUCUCGUCCUGCCGAAAUACUUUGUCCGAUCUAACCACCCGUGUCCAGGGAGUAUACCAAGAUGAAUGA